AUGGCUACUUACAUCUUGAAUACCUUCAUUGCUAGAGCGCUAGGCUCCCCAUAUAGUGCCGCAAUUACCAUUAGCGUGGGCUUGACGUCGUACUUCUUCUGCGGAAACAUGUCGGCGCAAUACAUGGGGGCCAUGUCCCUGGCCAUAUAUCCAGAGGAGCGCAAGAAACUUCAACUCAACACAGCUCAAGCAGUCGAGUUAUUCGGGUAUGGCUAUAGGAAGGGUGCUAGACACUUUGGUGGAGCAGGGACUAUGGCUGGCCUAGUGCUUUUAACUGCAGCAUUUCUAACGCCUCCUUCCGGGCUCUUCUUUUCACCCAAAAACUACCUCCUCUUUCUGGCACCACUAAACUUCGCACAUGGCGUAUACACGUUAAUAUUCAUGCUUCCUACGAACCUCCGUCUCCUUGCCCUAGGAGACAAAAUUGUGAAAGCACGGUCAACAUCCAAAGAGUCUCCUCUGACUCCUGCUGAGGAAAAUGAAGCCGAGUCGUUACUGCAAAAGUGGAGACAGCUCCAUUACGCUCGGCUAACCGCUGGUGCUGUGGGAUGGGUCGCAACAUGCGCUGUCUUCUUAACCACUGUAUAA